GGCUAUGACGGCGCACCAGAGCCAGUAGAGGCUGGAUGUGAGUCUUCUGGUCGUCAUUAAAGCAGCGGUAACACCCAGAGGUGCGUCUGGUUGUCUGGUCCAGCGGAGCUGCAGACAGAAAGCUUCUCCAACCGGAGGACAGACGGAAAACACGCUCCAUCCAUCCUGUCCGCUCCGCUCCCAUCAUGGCGUCAAAGUGUCCGAAAUGCGACAAGACGGUGUAUUUCGCGGAGAAGGUUUCCUCUCUGGGAAAAGACUGGCAUAAAUUCUGCCUGAAAUGUGAGCGCUGCAACAAGACGCUGAACCCCGGCGGCCAUGCUGAGCAUGAUGGAAAACCGUAUUGCCACAAGCCCUGCUACGCUGCCCUCUUUGGACCAAAAGGUGUGAACAUCGGCGGAGCUGGCUCCUACAUGUACGACGCUCCUGUCAACGAGGCCCCGGCAGCGGUUUCCAUGGCAACACUUGGCAAACCGGAGGAGGAGAAAAGAGCCACGCGGGGACCAGUGAAGGCUGCAAGCUUUUCGUCUUUCUCCGGCGGACCAAACAUCUGCCCCAGAUGCAACAAGACGGUGUACUUCGCUGAGAAGGUGUCGUCUCUGGGGAAGAACUGGCACCGGCCCUGCCUUCGCUGUGAGAGGUGCAGUAAGACUCUGGCUCCGGGAAGCCAUGCAGAGCAUGAUGGACAGCCUUACUGCCACAAACCCUGCUACGCUGUGCUGUUUGGACCCAAAGGUGUGAACACCGGCGGCGUGGGCAGCUACAUCUACGACGAACCUGAAGCCGAAGCUCAGCCUUAAACUCAGCCGCUGCGUCCGACACGUGGACGAACAAACACCUCCAGGAGCCUCGUUGUCUCGUCGAUUUGCCUUCAAUGGUCAUUGUGACAAAUGAUAUGUACUACAAUCACAGGGAUGGAUUACCUAGUUAUUUAUGUUGUAUUUGUAUAUUGUUUAUAUUAUCUAUUUUUUGUACUGAAGCAAACCUUUAAUAUGUCCUCCCAAGUGAGACUGAGAUUAACAUCUAGGUUUAUUGUUCUCUUUGCCAAAUAGUUACUAUUAACCUAUUAUUGUAGUAGAUUAAAGCUCCUGUGUUUCUCCUUCUUGAUUAGUUGGUUUUGAAACAUUUGUGCACUAAUGAUAUGUACUGUAUAACAACAAAGUACCAGCCCACCUUUUUAUUGUCAGUGUUUUUGGACACCCGGUUUUGACAGAAAAAAUAGUGUAGUGAGAAUUCACACAAACAUUUUAUUGAAUGUUAUGAAAGCGAGUCAGCUGCAGGUAAUGUUUUAUACAAUAAAACUGUGGGGUAUUAAAUUAUGUUUCCUG